UUUUUCCAAUAUUAGUAUAAAACAAAAUAGUGCAAGUUAUCCCUCCCACUGAUUGCGUAAAGUCAAAAUGAUUCCUCGUUAUCCUGUUACUAGUUCGGGACCAAACGCCCCCUCGUCCCAGCGUCGGCGUCUUUCGAUAACUUUCAAGCUUAUAAAAGCGCGUCCACAGCUUCUCUUCUAGUCUCCACUCUUCCCAUUCAAAUCGUUCGCUCAACAGGUGCGUUCAGAGCCGAAACCCUCCAGAACUCCAGACUUUUCCGGUUGAUUUCCUACAUCCCCCACACACAAAGAAAUGAACUUGCCAUUGAGAAUGUGGUAUGUGGCUCUGUUGGCAGCUAUGGUGGUAUUGGAAUCAAGAUGGACUGAAGCCGCUCCAAGAAUGACACGUAGGGAAGAUAUGCUCAAAGAUUUGAUGAAGCUUGAUCAGUACUACUCGUCGAUCGCUAGACCUAGUUUGCGAAGUGUUGGUCCGGAUGGUAGCAUCAGUCCAAAGAUACAACGUGCCUACAACAUGCUGAAACUGCAGAGUAUCGACCGAAUCUACGCCGACAGGACUAGGCCCAGAUACGGAAAGAGAGCACAAACCGGUCAUCUGACACCUCUUGACUUCGAUAUUCAGUACCAAAGCGAGGACAAUGGUGACUACUCUGCUUUAAGAAGAUGAAAACUUACAUCAUGGACUUUUAUUCUUCAAUUUGUGUUUCUUUUCUGUAGACAAUCAGCAUGAAUUAUUCGAAUUUACAAACUACCUGUUCUGUCAAAAAAUAGUAUAUUAUAUUCAACAAUAAAGCAUUUUCCCUCUC